AUGGGGUGUGGGACCCUGAGGCCACGUGGCGAUUUAACCACAGCUUCUUCGGCCGUGUCUUUUACGGCCUUCGGCUUCGGCCUUGCGAGCCUUCCACACUGCGGUCGCAAGGCCGAGAGGAUUCUGCCUUUGCAGUUUUUCUUUUGUUCUCAGGAAGGCGAAAUGCUUGACGAAACGGUAGGCGCCAGGGCCAAAAGGAAGUCUCUUCAAUCAGUUUAUGACCUUGAUUUAUUAGGCACAAACAUUGCCCCCACAUCCCUGGAUUCUUCAGUCGCGACCUGGGUAGAGGCCGAAGGAUUCCAAGGGAUGGACCCUUUGCAUUCCCCCUGA